CCUCCUCAGCCGGGGGCUCCAGGAACACCGGACGCUGCUGCGCAACCGCUCGGUUGCCCGGCCAUGGGUCUUAGUCCUGCUUCAACCCACCGCGAGCCCGCCCCAUCUGCCGCUUGACUGGAUGUGCAGGCGGCCAUCAUGGGCCGGUGCUACUACAACGAGACCAUCGGCUUUUUCUAUAAUAACAGCGGCAAGGAGCUCAGCCUUCACUGGCGCCCCAAAGAUGUGGUGGUGGUGGCCCUGGGACUGACAGUCAGUGUGCUGGUAUUGCUGACCAAUCUGCUGGUUAUUGCAGCCAUCGCCUCCAACCGACGCUUCCACCAGCCCAUAUACUACCUGCUUGGCAACUUGGCUGCGGCUGACCUCUUCGCUGGCAUGGCCUACCUCUUCCUCAUGUUCCAUACUGGCCCACGUACUGCCAGGCUCUCCAUCAAAGGCUGGUUCCUGCGACAGGGCCUGCUGGACACCAGCCUCACGGCGUCAGUGGCCACACUGCUGGCCAUCGCUGUGGAGCGGCACCGCAGUGUGAUGGCGGUACAGCUACACAGCCGCCUGCCCCGGGGACGUGUGGUCACACUCAUCGUGGGUGUGUGGGCGGCUGCACUGGGUCUGGGGUUGCUACCUGCACACUUCUGGCACUGCCUCUGUGACUUGGACAGUUGCUCACGAAUGGUGCCCCUGUUCAGCCGCUCCUACUUGGCUGCAUGGGCCCUAUCCAGCCUGCUUGUCUUCCUACUCAUGGUAGCUGUCUACACACGAAUUUUCUUCUAUGUGCGUAGACGGGUGGAACGCAUGGCGGAGCACGUCAGCUGCCAUCCCCGCUACCGAGAGACCACACUCAGCCUAGUCAAGACGGUUGUCAUCAUUCUGGGGGCAUUUGUGGUGUGCUGGACACCGGGCCAGGUGGUGCUGCUCCUGGAUGGCCUGGACUGUAAGUCCUGCAACGUUCUGGCCGUGGAGAAGUACUUCCUGCUCCUGGCUGAGGCCAACUCACUGGUCAACGCCGUGGUGUAUUCCUGCCGAGACGCUGAGAUGCGCCGCACCUUCCGCCGCCUUCUCUGCUGCGUGUGUCUCCGCUGGUCCAGCCACAAGUCUACCCACUACUCAGCUUCUGCCCGCACGGGCGCCAGCACCCGGAUCAUGCUUCCUGAGAAUGGCCGCCCACUGAUGGACUCCACCCUUUAAAUCUUGGACUGAGGCAGGAAGGAGACUGGAGCUUCAUCUGCAGCCUAUGGUCACUUGCAGAGCCUCUGACUCAAGCCAGCCCAGCAGAUGCAUGGCUCUUCAACACUCGUUGCCCCAGGGACAGAGAGUCUGCCUGCCCCUGGACAGAGGGACUUGGGGACAUCUCCGUCCGUGCGCCUGGGGAGAGCAUCCUAAUGGGACUUGGCCGUCUGGCUCUCAAUCAUCUCAGGUUUUAGGGUUUUUUUUGGUUUUUGGUUUUUCGAGACAGGGUUUCUCUGUGUAGCCCUGG